AUGGCUAAUCUGAAAUAUCAGAAACGUCUUGCAGCAGCAGUGCUUAAAUGUGGAAAACGGAAAAUUUGGUUGGAUCCAAAUGAAAUAUCAGAAAUUAGCAAUGCAAAUUCGCGACAAAACAUUCGGAGAUUAAUCAAAGAUGGCUUAAUUAUCCGAAAACCAUCAACUAUGCAUUCUCGUUAUCGUGUACGCCAAUUACAUGCUGCAAAACGUAAAGGUCGCCAUACAGGCUUAGGAAAGCGCAAGGGUACAGCAGAAGCUCGUCUUAGCACAAAAGUGCAAUGGCAGUUUCGUUUACGUGUCCUUCGUCGCUUACUUUGUCGUUACAGAGAUGACGGAAAAAUUGACAAAUAUAUGUAUCAUAGAUUAUAUGCUAAAGCAAAAGGUAAUCAAUUCAAACACAAGCGCGCCUUAGCAGAAGCAGCACGAUCAAAUAUGAUUCAACAGCAAUUGGAGGCUAGGCGAAUAAAAGCUAAAGCAACAAGAGAGCGACGUGUUCAGCGUCUUCUAGACAAAAGGAAUGAAAUGCUUAAAACAUUAGAUGAAAAGCCAAAUGAAAAGUAA